AUGCCUCUGGAUACGAUAUACCUCACUCGCCAUGGCCACCGUCUGAACUGGACCAUCGACUACAAAACUGGAGAAUACAAAUCGCAAUUUCCCACGCCCACGGGUAACCCUGCAGACCCGACUCUGACGUCCCACGGCGUGCGCCAAUCCUUCGAGCUGGCCGCCCACUUCGUCAGCCCAGCCGUCCACCCCAAGCCCUUCCGCGUGUACUCGAGCCCGUUCUACCGGUGUCUGCAGACGAUCCAGCCCGCCGUCGAAGCCCUCAAGGAAGCGCAGCAGCGCCAGCUUACCACAGGCACGGACCAUGGAAUCGACGCCGCGGCGGAGCUGGACGUGAGGAUCGAGAACGGCGUCGGCGAAUGGUUCGGCCCAACAUCCUUCUUCCACCACCCGUCACCGGCGUCUCCCGCCGACCUCAAAUCCCACUUCCCCAACAUCCUCGCGGCCGACACCACCGCACCCGCACACGUCUACCCGUCCACGCGCGGCGAGACGAUCGCCCAGCUCCACGACCGCCUCGCCACCACCCUGGCCGCCAUCAUCGCCGACGUCGACGCCGAGAUCGCCCAGCUGGAACGCACCCAGCCGCCCUCGUCCAAGGCCAUCCUCAUCUGCUCGCACGCCGCGCCGCUGAUCGCCAUCGGCCGCGUCCUGACCGGCCGCAUGCCCGACGACAGCGGCGAGGAGGACUUUAACGUCUUCACCGCGGGGCUGAGUACGUUUGUGCGGCGGGGUGCGCCGGCGCAAACGCCGCAGGAGACACAGUCGCAGGACGUGCUUGCGCCUGGUACGCGGAUUGCCCGGCCGGACGUGGCCAAGGUGCCGUGUUGGAAGGGGAUUGGAGUGGCUGGUGGCUGGGACUGUGUGGCUAAUGGGGAUUGUAGCUUUCUCAGUGGCGGCGCGGAGAGGGGAUGUGGCGAGGAGUCGUUUGAUACGGGGCCUAUGGCGCCGCCGUCGGAGUUGCCGACGUCUAGUCAGGAGGCUGAGUGGCCGGGUACCAAGUUGUAG